CUCUGUCACCAGAAAAAGUACUGCCACUCAAUUUUUUCCACUUAUAGUCAGCCCCCCCAUGACGCCCCCAAAGUGAACACAAGAACUGACCACUGAAUGACAAUAUAUAAACUCUGUGAAAGAGGGCUGACAACAGCCACUUUCUUCUCUGCCUUGACAAAGAAGCCACCAGCAAUGAAACUCCACGUUGCAGCUAUCCUCAUCAUCUUCUGGCUUGGCGUCUUCUCUGCGCACACAGCGAAAGGGAGCAUUGGAAGUCAGCCCAUGCGAAAAAUCAGUUGUGUAAACCUGUCUACAGAGCAACUGAACAUCCGAAAGCUUGUCAGCUAUGAAAAGCAACAAGUUCCAGUAGAAGCCAUCAUGUUUAUCACCACAAAAGGUAUCAAGAUCUGCGUAAGCCCCAAGCAGAAAUGGGUGCAGACUGCUAUGAAGAAGAUAGACCAAAAACGUACCACCAAAGGCAGAUAAUCCUGCCCUAGGCAAGCAUCUAAGGGCAACUAAAUGGAAUCAUCAUCAGUGCUGCACGUAACAGAGAAGAAAGCCUUAAUAUCUGCUUUUAAUUCCUAUUUAUCAAUUGGCAAUAAAAUCUCUGAACAAACACAAACUCACCAGAAUCUGUUCAUCACUAGUUGAAUGUCUGCUGACUUCUUCAUUUUAUAGCUGGACUCUGUUACACUGUUUAUUUUCUGAAAUGCUUGCUAAUAUUUACGUACAACUGAAUGUAGAUAUCUUCUCAUCCUUGCUGUACUGUCCAGUAUGGCAUUUAAGGGUAAAUAGCAGAUAGUUUCACAUACUAGUAGGGAAGAUGAGCUCCCACAGAGCUAGAUGAGUGUAGACCUCCAUCCUGAUGGAGGUCAGAAUGUUCUGCAUUGAGUGCUGGGUUUGAGAAGGUGCUAUAUAAUUUAAUGGUUACUCACAUAUGUAUAACGUAUAAGUAAACUAAUCACAUGCUUCAGACUAUCACCUGAUCAGUGCAAUAUUCAGAAGAUGAUCCUUGGGCCUUCUAUUUUUAUACACUGUAGUGCACUAUUAGCUCAGUCCACGAUGAUGUAAAGAUACUCUCACCAAGGGAUGACCUGGAGUAGUUCAGUGUAACUCUAUUCAGCCUUGUACUGGGGAAGACUUAUCCUACCCACUCAUUUCUGUGAAGUUGCUUCAAUUUCACCCUCAUGUGAGACAAACCCAGAACAAUUGUUUUACUUUUUCCUUUGCUUUUCUCUAAAUAAGCGAGAACAAACCACGUCUGGAAUCUGUAUUUCACAAACUCACGGGAACUCCCUGCCCUAGAGAACUAUGUAUAUUUAAAUGUCUUAUAUUUUUAAAGUUGAUAAAUUUUACUAAUUGAAUGUUUUGAAUUUUAAUAAAGUUACUAUAAACCUGGAA